GGACCAGUCAUCAGUGUGAGGAUGAGAGACACCCACCCGGUACAGGAGACUGAGUGAAAACGGGAGCGCUAAGACCCAGUGGGAGUGGAGGACCGCAUCAAGGGCCCGGAGGAGUAGGCGCUGGAGGGUGGGAGCCGUCUGGUACCUCGGUCGCCUUCGGAACAGCAUCCUCUCUAGUGAUAAAAAUGGCCAGUCAGACCCAGGGUAUCCAGCAGCUCCUCCAGGCUGAGAAGCGGGCAGCGGAGAAGGUGGCCGAUGCCAGGAAGAGGAAGGCCCGGCGACUGAAGCAGGCGAAGGAGGAGGCUCAAAUGGAGGUGGAGCAAUACCGCAGGGAACGGGAGCAGGAGUUCCAGAGCAAGCAGCAGGCGGCCAUGGGCUCUCAGGGGAACCUGUCUGCUGAAGUGGAACAGGCCACAAGACGGCAGGUUCAGGGCAUGCAGAGUUCCCAGCAGAGGAAUCGGGAGCGCGUCCUGGCUCAGCUUCUCGGCAUGGUCUGUGAAGUCAGGCCCCAGGUCCACCCCAACUAUCGGGUUACUGUCUAGAACCAUCGCUCAGGGACACAUCCCUAGAGUGACUCCUCUGCCAGCUCCGUCCACAGAGAAAUAUCCCAACUCAAAACCACUUGUGUCGCAUGCGCAGAGCCUUGGGUUCAAUCCAUAAUACCAUUCCCCCCACCGCCAAAUCGCUUCCCAUAAUAACCUGUUGCCGGAGGGGAGGCUUCUACGUGACAGGAUCCAAUAUUCCCCCCUGAGACUUACAAGUAGCCUGUUCAAACCCGUCAAACCCGAAUCUCUUUGUUCCAUGACACCCACUGGAAGUUUACUAAUGAAUGCCCAUGUCAUCCCCACUGGACCCCUCUGCGAAAUAUAUGUCCUGGUGACAGUUAUGAAAGCACCCUGACUUCAGAGCAGGGGAACCUCUGUUCCUCUCCCACCCCUGGUCCUUGCUGGUUGCACAACUGGGACAACUAUUUAACUUGGAAGCCUCAGUGUCCUCAUCUUUGUGACUGGGAUGACAGCAACAACGCUCACUUUGUAAGGUGGCUGCUGUGAAUUAUCUGUGAGAAUUCAGCAUAGUUCCAGAUGACGGAGUGCCUGUAUCAUGACCACACUCUGCGUGCCUGCCAGAAUUCUAACCCCCUCUCCUGACUUUUUCAUUCCUGGUGUUCCAGCUUUGUUCAGCCACUGUGACACUAGUAACCCUCUAAAGAAUUUGUUUCUCUGGCUCUUCCUUGGCACAUCAUGCCCCCAAACAGUUAAAUGAUAAUGUUAUUUAGCCCCUCUGUCCGAGUCCCAAAUAUAUAUCGAAUCUCUUAGCACCUCUCUGUUUCUCCUGAGCUGGUCUUUCUCAUGGUUGGCCCCCCUCUUUCUCUGUUUUCCUAAAUCUUGCUGCUUCCGGGAGCUGAAGAGAUCUGUGACAUUCCCGUGCAUGCAUUCCUUUGUGUGCCCUCAGCACCUUGCCUCCCUGUGUAACAGCGGAGUGUCAAUAAAAUUCUGGUGGAUGAGUCAA